UGGUUUGUUGAAUUCGUUUCACACGUGUUUUUACAUUGGUGCAUUGCUAAUUUAAAUUAAUUUAUACCAUUAUUUUGUAUUAAAAACUAAAACACAAUGCAGCACGACGAUGUAGUGUGGAGCAUUAUAAACAAAUCAUUUUGUUCACAUAAAGUCAAAACCGAUACACGCACCUUCUGUAGACAUGAAUACAAUUUAACCGGUCUUUGUACUCGCCGAACAUGCCCUCUGGCCAACUCACAGUAUGCCACAGUUCGCGAAGAAAAAGGUAUAAUUUAUUUAUACAUAAAGACUGCAGAAAGAGCGCAUAUGCCAAACAAAUUGUGGGAGCGAGUUAAACUAUCACGCAACUUCGAAAAGGCACUGGAACAGAUCAAUGAAAAUCUAGUCUUUUGGCCAAAAUAUAUGAUUGCGAAAAACAAACAACGGUUUUUGAAAAUUACACAGUAUCUCAUACGUAUGCGUAAACUUAAGCUACGAAGACAGAAACUGAUAGUACCCCUAUCGCGUAAAAUCGAGAGAAGGGAAGCACGCCGAGAGAAAAAGGCUUUGAUAGCUGCGAAAAUUGAUAACCAUAUUGAAAAAGAGUUGUUGGAACGUUUGAAAAGCGGCACGUACCAGGAUAUAUACAAUUUCCCACAAACUGCAUUCAAUAAAGCGUUGGAAGCGGAAGAAGUGGAAGAUGAAGAAGCGAGCGACGAAGAAGAGCAAGAAAUCGAAAAGGAAAUGGAAGUUGACGAAGAGGUGCGCCGUGAGUUACUGGAUGAAGAAUUCGUGGAAGCCGAUUCCGAUGAGGAAGACGAUGAUGAUGAGGAUGCGAAUAGUGAUUCGGGAGAACGAGAAGAAAUUGAAGUGGACAGCGAUUUUACGGAUUCAGAUAAUGAUGGGGAUGCUGACGAUAUUGAGGAUACACCAGCGCCCGGUGCCUUUGUACGUGCUCCAGCAAAGUCAAGUAAAAAAGCGACCUCGGACACGGCGAGCAGCAGUAAAGCAGCGACACGACGAAGCAAGAAACCUAAAGUGGAAAUCGAAUAUGAAAUGGAAAGUGAAACUGCUGCAGAGAGGCAAAGGCUACAUAACUAAGGUAUAUGUACGACGCUACGUCAACCUCCGAAUCCUUUUGUCGGUUGCUCCGGUAAAUUUUCGCUGUGCACGGGAAGUGGUUGCAUUAACUGUAGUAAUGCAUUUUUUAAAUCAAUUUAGUGGUAUAGUUAUGUAUGAAAUAAAAAUAUGGCAAUUAAGUGCAAAAUUGAA